CAAUCUUCUUGGUCCUACAAAUGCAUCCUAGGAAUCAAAAUUGGAACAACAAAUAGAAAGCCAAGGUUUAUAUACGAAACAAAACGUCAACACAUCCCUGCAGCAGAGGAAGAAACGCACAUAAACAACAGUGGUGCUCGGAAAUGGAUUUAAUCCUGCUCGCUGGAAUUGCAACUGCACUACUCGUAGUGCUAAUAACUCUUUUAUUAUUUAACAAAAGCAAAGCAAAGAAUGAAGUCCCUCCUGCAGCAGCUCCUGCUCAGGCCGAGGAGAAUGUUCCACGUCGCGCCCAGGUGGUACGCAAUCAAAGGAAUCGGGCCAGAGUCGCUCAAAUAGCGGAACCCGUGGAGGAGUCAGAGGAGGAAGACACAAUACCGCAAGCGCAGCAUGAUUAUGCGGGCGAAAAGAUCGGAGCCAAAAAGCGAGCCAAACUGGAAGCUAAGGCACAAAAGAAGACCGAACGCGAACAUGAGCUGCGCUUACGCGAGGAGCAGAAAAAGCGCGACGCACUGCUAGAGGAAGAGCGCCGUAAGCAGGCAGAAAAGGAGGACCAGGAGGAAAAGAACCGCGAGGAAGCGGAACGACUGGCCCGGGAGGAGAAGGAGCGCAAGGAGCACGAGGAAUAUCUCAUGCUAAAGCAAGCGUUCAGCGUGGAGGAGGAAGGCUUCGAGGAGGAGGACGCAGAUGAGCAGCAAAACACUUUGCUUGAGUUUAUCAAAUAUAUCCAGGAUAACAAGGUCGUAGUUUUGGAAGAUUUGGCAGUGCAGUUCAAACUGAAGGUACAGGCCGUUAUCGAUCGAAUCGGAGAGCUGCAGAAAGAAGAACGCAUUACCGGCGUAAUUGAUGAUCGAGGAAAAUUCAUCUACAUCUCGGAAGAGGAGCUAAAAUCGGUGGCCAAAUUCAUCAGACAGCGGGGCCGUAUAUCCAUCACGGAGUUGGCUGAAAACAGUAACCAGCUGAUCCACUUGGCCCCGGUGGUGGCUUCCGAAAGUGCUUAGCGAUACGCGCAACGAGUUUUAGAAUAAUUAAGCUGUUCGUUUGCUUGGGAGAUGCAAAUAUAUUGUUGCAUUUGAGGUACCAUUACAGGA